CGGCCUUAGUUCCUUUCAAACGAGCCAAAAUGGCGCUCAAUCUUGUUGUCAAGGUUCAUCCCGUAGUAUUAUUUCAAAUUGUGGAUGCUUACGAGCGCCGAAAUGCGGACUCGCACCGGGUUAUCGGGACUUUAUUGGGAACUUGCGACAAGGGGGUGGUGGAAGUCACAAACUGCUUCUGCGUGCCUCACAAGGAGCACGCAGACCAGGUAGAGGCCGAGCUCAACUACGCCAUGGACGUGUAUGAGCUAAACAGGCGCGUGAACGCCACAGAGAACAUUGUUGGCUGGUGGGCUACGGGUAACGAAGUGACCAACCACUCAUCUGUUAUCCACGAGUACUAUUCGCGUGAGUGCCGCGAGCCCGUGCACGUGACGCUGGAUACGUCACUGCAGGGCGCGCGCAUGGGGCUCCGCGCGUAUGUGUGCGUGGCGCUAGGCGUGCCUCGUGGGAAGCAGGGCUGCAUGUUCACACCCAUUGAUGUCACACUGACUAGCUAUGAGCCUGAGAUUGUAGGUCUACAACUGUGCCAGAAGACGAUGGGUCCCGGCGGGCGCUCGCGGCAGGUUCAGCCCGCGCCCGACCUAGCGCUGGUCGCUGAGGCGGCCACCAAGCUGUCGUCACUGCUGGACCAGGUGCUGGGCUAUGUGGAGGACGUGCUGGCCGGCAAGGCGGCGCCGCACAACGCCACGGGGCGCGCGCUGCUGCAGCUGGCGCACGCCGUGCCCGGCCUCGCGAGGGACUCCUUCGCGGACGCCUUCGCCAACAGCGUCAAGGACCUCCUCAUGGUCGUGACCCUAGCCCAACUCAUCAAAACCCAACUUCAACUCAACGAGAAACUUACUCUGCUCACCUCACAAUAAGGUCUCAAAUUAUUUCUCGUCCAUUCUCUUGAAAACACAACUUUUCGCGAUAUAAUAUAAAUAUCCAUACACACGUGAAGUGUAAUUGAAAUAGCGGAUAAAAAACAAUCAUUUUAUUCGUCAAUAAAUUGAUUAUUAUAAUAA